CUGAGGUAUAUAUUAUACUGUACAAAAUGAAUUUACGAGCUGCAUCUAUUUUAUGGGGUUUGUGAUUCUUUGCUUACACUUAUUGAAAAAGAAAUUAUAGACACAAAAAUAUUAGCUUCAAUCCAUUUAUCUAUGUUCUUACGCCUUAUGGGUCAUAUAGGCAAAAAAAAAGAAGAGCUCGUAUAUUACUCGUCCACAAAUUCACAAGAAUUUUCAUUGAUCACGGAAGAUAGAUUUGUAUUGUUGGAUCGAAUCGACGACCAAAUCUAAUGUAUUAUAUAACUUUACAUAGAUUAUAUACAUAGUAUUGUUAUCAACAACUAUACGUAGUGUUGUUGUCAAUAACUAGUCAACAAAGAUGUAGUCUUUGAUUUAUUAUAGUAUUAGAUAUGGACUAUGAUAAGGUUCAACCAUUUAACCAUUACCGUUCCUCUUAAAUUAGUGGUAUUGUCUUCCCACUAAUACAUGUGGUAUCUGUGAAGAUUAGUAGUUAGUUUAUUACUUUAUAUAUUUUCUUGUGUAUAUGACACCAGUGUAUUUGGACUAGAUAUAAUAUUUUUUUUUUUUUUUUUUGGACUAGAUAUAAUAUUUGUUUAAGAAAAGUUUAUGUUUUUGUUGAUUUGGGAUCUUUAACAGACUAAUCUAGUCGAUGUCAAAGAACAGACUAAUCUAGUCACUGAUUGUUAUUCAUUUUGAAUUGAAAGCGAUCUGAAUAAACAUUGACAAUCAUUGAUACGAAUGUUUAUGUGACUUCGUAGAUUUCUGUAUCAUAUAUGAAUACUAUGUCCCACAAUAUUCAAAAUCUAAUAAUGCCUUAUGAAUAUGAUCGUGUUGGCAAUUUAACAACAACGAUAUUUUACGGAUAAGAGCUGUUUAUACGAAGCCAGAAACAUGGGGGCUAUCCAUAAAUGCACUGGACAUGCUUAGCUUAUAUUCUUCACUAUCAUAAUGAAUGAAACAAGUUUAUGCGCGUUUUAGUUUAAUCCAAUAUAUUCAGAUCCUUAAAUUUGAUAAUAAGGAAAACCAGAUUGCUUAUUCUGUCGGCCAAUAUAUUCAAUUACUCAUGAAUCAUGAUUGUUCUAAUGAAUGGAGGCAUGAACUACUAGCUUGAGAAAGUAAAAGAAACAAAACGAACUUACCGUUGUGGCAGUUAAAAGAUUCAUUAUUCUCCACACAUACCUUUGAAAAUUUGUCUAAGAAAAUUCUUCUCGUUUGUAUAAAUUAUAAGUUACCAUUUGUACGAACUACACUACAUCAUACUCAUACCUAAUUAUAUAUAUUCCAAAAAUGCAGAUAAUUUGCGAGAGUUUACUAGAUUUUACAUGACAUCGUGUUCUGUCCUAUAUCAAAGUUCAUACGUAUUUAAAUCAAACCCUGUGGAAUAUAUAUAAUUAGGUAUGAAAUAUGAUGUAGUCUACUUGUAUAUACUGACUGUAGUGCGUGUGAUAUAAGUCAAUGUAUUAUGUAUAUAUACAUUUUUAUAGUUAUAGUAUGCGGACUCGUCCAAGAGCCGGUUGUUUAUCCUGUAAGCAGACAAAACUAUUCGACCAAACUACUUCGGUUUAAUUUUUUUCUUUGACUAGGUAGCCCAUCUUAGAAUGUUCAACAAUUUUAGCCGUCUCGUUUUGAAAACAUGAAAAACGGGAUUUGAACAACUUUCUGUCCUAUCGAAAAGCUUAAACUAUAAACGUUUUAGUUUUCUCGAGGUCGAUCGGAUAAAUUGGUAAAGAAAAUAAAUGUUAUGAGUUUUAUUGAUCAAUUAUUUAUUUGUAACAUAAAAAUAACUAAUCAGGAUCAUGGAAAAAGGAGAAAAAUAUCUUUUGUAAAUCAACAAUCGUUUGAUGAUCUAUGCCAGGGACUAAAUAUACUUGUCGAUGAAAGGUAUUCUUAUUAGAUACCAAUUCCCAAUAGCCAACCCGUGGGCUUCGUAGAUUAGUCAGAGCCGGAUCCAACUCUAUGUUUAUUGGCUAUGUAUCAUCGUAGGAUGCAAUAGGAUAGUCUUUGUUCAAUAAUCAUGUUAGACCACAAACUUCUCUUCUUCUUUUUGUGGUAAGAAGUAUUGGCUUCUGAAACUACAUUUUUCAGACCAAAAAUCAAAAAAAAAACUUCUAAGUAAAUUUGGUAUUAAGAUCUGAUAGCAGUGAGACUUUUCUUAACUGGUUAAGUUUUUAACAUUGUCCAAUAAAUAUUUUAUUCUAUACACAUCAAUUUAAAUUACGUACAAUAUUGAGAUUUAAGAUCUUCAGUUUCUAAUGCCUGAUAAAUUCCAUGAAUAUAGUUAGCAAGAUGACAGUUCGCAUCAUUAAAAAGGUAGAAAGAAGGCAAAGUUGUAAACCAGAUGGGUUCUUGAAGUACCGCAUCUGAGUUUUAUAAAAACGGCUCCUUAUUCACGUGUAAGGCCCAUUUCUUAGUUCAUAAUGUUUACAAUGCGGUGCAAAGUCCUCCAAAGCCCACUCUGAGUCUUAAAUAGUUACAUGAUUGUUAGAUGUCUAUUUAUCAAAUCCGUUGUAGCACACCGGCCAAUUUCAACUGAUGAAAUCCGGGUUCACCCCCGGCAGUGGAAAAACUUUUGUAUUUAUUAUGUGUUUGUCAUGUUACUAAAUCAUCGCUAAACGUUUGUUAAAAUAAACUUGUGUUCAUAAAUCAACAAUUUAACACUCUAUAACAAGCACCUUCUUCGCUAGCAAGAAGGGCCAUAGAUGGGGAAAAAGUUCGUUCAACUAAUGGCUGCGCGACUUGCGUCAUCGACUACUAGAGAGAAAAUGAUAAGUUAAUUUUCCUUUACUACUAACUGUACAACACUUCAAAUAAAGAAGCUAAGUUCUUUUAAUGUGUGUGUUUUGUUUUUCAAUUGUAUAUGUAUUUCACGACGAACCAAUUUGUACUUUGUGGAACAGUGGAAGUCAAUGUUUUGUCAUCUAUAUGGGAAAACGGACAGUAGAAAGUUCACCAUUUGAGGGAGAGCGACUAUUUACAUCCAAAGAUAAACAUAUAGAAACAAAAGUAUAAUUGCGAAUAUAUAAACAAUCUAAUUUCAAUAUAGAAUAUAGGUUUGGUUUGUGAAUCAGGCUGUAUAUAAGCACGUACAAUCCAUUUCUGUCUCCAUGUAUAUAAAUAUACACGUAGACUUUUUUGGCUAGAUGGGUAAAUGUGUGAAUUAUGUUGGUUACAAUAUUAAAUGUUACAUUUACUAUCGUACUGCCCAUUUAUGUGAUAAGAAAGUGCAACCAAUCAGUAGCUGAAAUCUACUAAAGUGAUAAAUACAUCAAAACUUUAACAAAAACUGUUGUUAAUUAAACCAUUUUUGGUGUUCCAAAAAAAAAAAAAAUAAUAAAAAAUAAACCAUUUUUGUCACUGGUCCAGCCAUCCCACAGAUAAAAGCUGAAUUCUCAUCCAUGUGGCUGUGAAGAUAGAUUUUGUUUCCGUCAUUACAACCGCAAAAUCUAAAUGUUUGUAUCGUAAAGUCGCUUAACCAAUCACGUUAUUCACGUAUUUAUCAUACAAUGUCAACUGAUUAAGAAUGGGCUCUUUUAGGCAAAAAAUCACGUUAAGAUAUUUCACCAUUAAAAGAUCACACAAAAUAAAGGCAAGAUAUUGUAUUUCUGUUUUUUUUUCUUCUCUUUUCAUUGUUUUAUCAAGUGGGCAUCAUUUAUUUAUAUACUAAAAAAGAGAAGAAUAUGGUGAAAAUCUAUCGUCUCAGGCGUCAUCCGUGCUCGUAACCACUUCCUUAAGUCUUAACCACUUGACUACUUCGUGAUUAGUUUGAUGAUUAAUUUGUGAUGAUUUAUUGACCAUUAUUGGAAGUCUGGAACUAUGAUAAUGAAAUAAUUAUAACUGCAAAACAAUUAAUCAGCAAACCCUUCGUUUCACCAUAUGUUGGAUGUUUUAAAGUGUAACACAUUUAAAAAAUCAGAUUGGGCAGAUACUAUACUAGUAUCAUUUAGUCGUUUGUAAUUAUUGAAAUGCGAAAACGUUAUAGCUAAGCAAUCUAGUAGCAUUAUUAUACAAGGAGAACAAGAUUAAUGUAAAUACACGAACAACUAGGCAACCAAAAGUUGCAUACAAAAAGUUCAUGCAUGUAUGUAUGGGCACAAUAACACAUUGUGAUCACAAGUUAACACUUUGCGGUUCCCAUAAGCAAAAAAAAACUACUUUAAUAACCUAAACAAGACAAGGAUUUUAAACUAUACUUUUCUGUUUGUAAAUGUAUUGCAUUCUUUCUCCCCUUCAGCCACUACUGGCCCAGUGCCCUUGUAAGCUUUUUAGAUGCUCUUUGCGCUUCUUUAAAAGCCACACGCUAUAAUGUGUAUUUGUGUGAGUACAUAUUAUAAUUAAUUUCAAAUUUUUAGAUACAAAAACGGCAUUCUCUUUAUACUACGAGUUUAGGAUAAAGUAUGAUGUAUGUUUGGCUUGAUCUGGCUAGGAAGUCCCGUACCGUACGUGACACUCACUUUCUAAUAGCCGAGAAACAAAUAGAUGAAGAAAGCUCGUAUUUUUCUUAUGUAUAUUCAUCCUUUUUAAUAACAUAUGAAGAAAAAAACAGUUUCAUUAAUUUAUCAAAGUUUGAUUUGGGUGUUGUUUGAUGAGCUAUAACUUAACAACAACAUGUGAGUUAUAUAAGUAAAUUUAUUAACAAUUUAACAGUUAAAAAAUUUCCCAGCUAGCUUCUAACACAAAGAAACAAACAAACACCUUCCAAUAAUUAGCUAAAAAUAUCCAAAACAACACUGUCAUUAGCUUAUCAAGAGACCAUUUAUGAACCACAUCACAUGCACUUCACGCCUCACGGGAUCAAAACAAGCCCCCAACUUACCAAAUACGCAAAGUAAUCAUUACAGGAGCCUCCAGGGGUGUUAUUGUAAUUUCAUUUUACAUGGUAUGAUAAAUAAGACUUGGACCAAGCGAUGAACCCGAGACCAUUGCUGCUCCAUUGCAUUCUUAUGUGACCUUCUCUCUCUAUACUCUGAAAACUUGAUUAUUUUCUUCUUUGUUUUUGUUGAAAAAAGUUAUGUUAUUUCUUAAUGUUAUCUUAUUCGAUUCCACUGGAUUCGAACCAAACCCAUGACAGGAGAGAAUGAUGAGAACCAGAUCACCAAUCUUGAUCCAAAUGUAAUAAAAAAAAACUACUAUGACGGUGCAUUCUUGAGAAAGUCUCUUUCCUUCUUGAGAAAGUUUCUUUCCUUCUCUACAUUUCUCCCAAUCCCUAUCUGAUCUCUACUUCUCAAUCAUUAUCAUCACCAGAAGAACAAAGAGAAAGCAAUGUCGCUUGACAUUAAAAGACCUAUCAGCAACAAGACCAAGAAGAAGACAGGGUUCAUCGUCAAUAUGCAGCAGCUGAAUCACAACAACAGAGGAGGAAACAACCUCUUCAUCGUCUUCUUCAGACAUUAUUACAGAUGGAUCCUCUGGUUUUUCCUCUCUCUCUACUUCUUCACAUCUUACUUCGCCGGAGACCAAUCCACCACCACAACAACAACUAGUCUCAUCUCUAACCACAAAACGUCGUCGUCUCUCCCGUCUCACGCCCUCAUCGAAUCUUCCGCCAUUGUCAAACCAGCUCACGCAUCUAUCUUCAGCGGGAUGAAGAUUUACGUUUACGACUUACCGGCGAGAUUCAACGCCGACUGGGUGACGUCAUCGGACCGGUGCGCUAGUCACCUCUUCGCGGCGGAGGUAGCCAUUCACCGCGCGCUUCUCUCUGAUUCAAAUGUCCGUACGUUAGACCCGGAAGAAGCUGACUUCUUCUUCGUCCCCGUAUACGUAUCCUGCAACUUCUCCACCGCCAACGGCUUCCCUUCUCUUAGCCACGCUCGCUCCCUCAUCUCCUCCGCAGUAGAUUUCAUCUCAGAGAGUUACCCGUUUUGGAACAGAACACGAGGUUCCGACCACGUGUUUGUAGCUUCGCAUGACUUCGGUGCAUGCUUCCACGCCAUGGAGGAUAUGGCCAUUGAAGAAGGCAUUCCAGAGUUUAUGAAGAAGUCGAUAAUUUUACAGACGUUUGGAGUAAACUACAAGCAUCCAUGUCAAGAAGCGGAGCACGUCGUGAUCCCGCCGUAUAUUCCGCCGGAGAGUGUGCAGAGAGCAAUAGACAGAGCUCCGGCGAACGGACGGAGAGACAUAUGGGCGUUUUUCCGGGGGAAGAUGGAAGUCAACCCUAAGAAUAUUAGCGGACGUUAUUACAGCAAGGGAGUGAGAACCGCGAUUCUGAAGAAGUACGGCGGGAGAAGACGGUUUCAUCUUAACCGGCACCGGUUUGCUGGAUAUCGGUCUGAGAUCUUGCGGUCCGUGUUUUGUCUCUGUCCUCUAGGGUGGGCUCCAUGGAGUCCUCGGGUAGUGGAAUCAGCUGUUUUAGGUUGCGUCCCCGUGGUUAUCGCAGAUGGGAUUCAAUUACCUUUCUCGGAGACGGUACGGUGGCCGGAGAUAUCACUCACGGUGGCGGAGAAAGACGUGAAGAAUCUACGCAAGAUAUUGGAACACGUGACAGCGACCAAUUUGUCAACGAUACAGCGAAACUUACGUGAGCCGGCGUUUAAGCGGGCCCUCUUGUACAAUGUGCCGAUGAUGGAAGGUGACGCUACGUGGCAUAUUCUCGAUGCGUUGUCGAGGAAGUUAGUUCGGUCGUACAGAAGGUCAAGGGUUUUCAGCCAAUGAAGAGUUGACACGUAAGAUGCUGUCGCGAAAUGGAUGCUAGGCUGGAUAUUUUUGACUCUUUCGAUAUUGGAAACUGGAAUGUCUUGGUGUGGGGUCCAUAACGUGAGAAGCUUAACUCGGACACGUGAGAUGUUUGCUGAGCUGGCUACCACUGAGUGGAUCAGCAUGUACCUCAGGGAAGUGAAAGUGUAAAGUAUGCUGAUGUGUAAUUCUUUUGUAUGAGUAGGCAUUUAAUUCUUUGAAUAUAGAAAAUGACAUGUAAAUCGAAAUGCAUGCCGGGUAAAAUCUAUCCCAGCUCGUUUAAAAUCCAAGCAUAGUAAAUAACGGGAUCUAAUGAACACAA